CGAAACAAAACUAGCGCGGGGCUUCUGAGCUCCGCAAUCUGCGUAGAUCGAAUUUCUUCCGCUCCGCCUGUCGGUGGAGCUCCCGCGGGUGCCGCGGCUUCCCGCUACGCCAGGAGCGUCCGCGAAGAGAAUGGCUGGGCGCUGCGGGUGCGCCGUCGGCGUAGCGCUCCGGCGGCCCGGGUGCGGCUGCGCAGGACGCCGGAGCGGGCCGGGUGCGCCGUCGGCGUAGAGCCGCGGCCCGCGCGCUGGGCUCCGCGACGCAGCUAGCGCAGGCGGCUUUGGUGAAUAGACGACUGGGUGCAGCCGGGGUUUGGUACCGAGCGGAGAGGAGAUGCACACGGCACUCGAGUGUGAGGGGGAAUAGAGAUGAAGGUGCACAUACACACAAAAUUUUGCCUCAUUUGUUUGCUGACAUUUGUUUUCCAUCAUUGCAACCACUGCCAUGACGACCAUGACCAUGGCCCCGAGGAGCUGCACAGACACCACCGUGGGAUGACGGAGUCGGAGUCCAGCAAGUUUUCAGUACAGGAUGCUGAAAAUGAAAAGAAGUACUAUAUUGACAAACUUUUUGACCGUUAUGGUGAAAAUGGAAGAUUAUCAUUUUUCGGGCUGGAGAAACUUUUAACAAACUUGGGCCUUGGAGAGAUCAAAGUCGUUGAGAUUAAUCACGAGGACCUGGGCCACGAUCACGUGUCUCACUUAGACAUUCUGGCGGUUCAGGAGGGAAAGCAUUUUCAUUCACACAGCCACCAGCAUUCCCACAAUCAUCUCAACGCAGAGAACCGCACUGCGACCAGUGUGCCGUCACAGAGAAACCACAGGUGCGAUCCGGAGAAAGAGGCAGCUGAAGUCCCCACCAAGUCUGAUGACAAACACCUGCAUGACCACAAUCACCGCCUCCGUCAUCGCCACCGCUCACAUCACCACCUGGAUCAGAACACCACUCAGCGUCUCCACAAUGAUUCUGUCCCUCACAGUGAGCACGGCGAGCCGGGUCACGGACCUUCCACAGAGACCAACAGAACCCAAGAACAGUCUGAAGUGAAGCCGUUGAAGGUCCGGAAAAAGGAAAAAGGGAAGAGGAAGAAAGAAAACUCCGAAGCUAACACACCAGGUUUCCUCCCCAACCAUGACCACAGUGAGCAAUACGAGCAUAAUCGGGUUCACAAGCCUGACCGUGCACAUAGCCCGGGUCAUCCGCAUGCACACCUUCCAGAGCGUGAUGCCCACGGACACCAAGAUCUUGAUCCUGAUAUUGACAGUGAACUUCGGCAUACGAGAAAGCGAGAAGCUCCGCAUGUUAAAAAAAGUGCAAUUUAUUCCACUGCUAGCCACAAAGACCACAGUGAAGAUGACCGCCAGCAUGAAUGUUUGAACGUCACUCAGCUGUUAAAACACUUUGGUCUUGGCGCCAACUCUCCCAUCUCACCCGAUUUGUUCACGUACAUUUGCCCUGCAUUGCUCUAUCAGAUUGACAGCCGACUUUGUAUUGAGCAUUUUGACAAACUUUUAGUUGAAGAUUUAAGCAAGGAUAAAACUCUGGUUCCUGAAGAUAAGGUGAAUAUAGGGGCGUCAGCGUGGAUCUGCGGCAUCAUCUCCAUCACUGUCAUCAGCCUGCUCUCCCUGCUGGGCGUGAUACUGGUACCCAUCAUCAACCAGGGAUGCUUCAAAUUCCUCCUCACCUUCCUCGUGGCACUGGCUGUAGGGACGAUGAGUGGAGAUGCCCUUCUUCAUCUGCUGCCCCAUUCUCAGGGUGGACAUGACCACAGCCAUCAGCAUGCACACGGGCACGGCCAUUCUCACGGGCAUGAGCCGAAGAAGUUUCUGCAGGAGUAUGAUGCCGUGCUGAAGGGACUGGUCGCCCUGGGAGGCAUUUAUCUGCUGUUCAUCAUCGAGCACUGCAUUCGGAUGUUCAAGCACUACAAGCAGCAGAGAGGAAAACAGAAAUGGUUCAUGAAGCAGAGCACAGAAGAAUCAACUAUUGGAAGAAAGCUUUCGGAUCACAAGAUAAACAACACACCAGAUGCUGACUGGCUCCAACUCAAGCCACUUGCUGGGACUGACGACUCGGUGGUUUCUGAAGACCGACUUAAUGAGACCGAACUGACGGACUUGGAGGCCCAGCAGGAGUCGCCGCCGAAAACCUACCUGAGUGCCGAGGAGGAGAAGAUCAUGGCCCAUUCUCAGAGUGACGGGCUCCACACCAUUCACGAGCAUGAGGUCCACGCGGCUUCACGGAACCACCACGGCGAGGACAAGGCCGUGCUGAGGAAACACAACCACCAGUGGCACCACAAGCACUCCCAUCACUCGCACGGCCCCUGCCACUCCGGCUCGGACCUGAAAGAGACGGGCAUAGCCAAUAUAGCCUGGAUGGUGAUCAUGGGGGACGGCAUCCACAACUUCAGUGACGGGCUCGCCAUUGGGGCAGCGUUCAGUGCUGGACUGACCGGAGGAAUCAGUACUUCGAUAGCUGUCUUCUGUCAUGAGCUGCCGCAUGAAUUAGGGGAUUUUGCGGUUCUCCUGAAAGCAGGCAUGACUGUGAAGCAGGCGAUCGUGUACAAUCUGCUCUCCGCCAUGAUGGCUUACAUAGGCAUGCUCAUCGGCACAGCUGUCGGCCAGUACGCCAACAACAUCACCCUCUGGAUCUUCGCCGUCACGGCAGGCAUGUUCCUCUACGUGGCCUUGGUGGACAUGCUCCCAGAGAUGCUGCAUGGUGACGGUGACAACGAGGAGCAUGGCUUCUGUCCAGUCGGGCAGUUCAUUCUUCAGAAUUUAGGACUACUGUUUGGAUUUGCCAUCAUGCUGGUGAUCGCCCUCUAUGAAGACAAAAUUGUGUUUGACAUCCAGUUCUGACCAUUCCCGGGUUGACUGCGAGAAUGUCCGUGCAGCUUGCCUCUGUUCCUUGUCCUACGCACAUUGCUCAGGGAAGUCAGCGGCCUGCACUACUCACAGGUCCCGUGGGGUCGGGCCUCACCACGCAGACUGGUGCUCAGUGCUGUCUGCUCUGCGUGAAUGGGCCUUUGAAAAACAGUUGUGAUAAAGACAGGAGGAAAUGGGACUCCAUGAACCAAUGUUGAUAGACGUAUAAGACUUUAAAAAAGAGAGAAUCAUAUAAAACACUACUAGUCUUUUUAUUAGUAGAAACUUCUGUGGCUAUGCAGAAAUAGAAAUUAAACCAAAAAAAAUCAUUUAAAGUUUAAAAAUAUUUUAAAUGGACUUGGAGCAGACAUUUUUGUGUGUAUGAAUGAAUUCUAGUGUCCUUUAAUUCAGCCCCGUAUAUACAUAUGGGAUUAAUAGGGAUCAACUCAACACAACUUGGAAACUGCAUAAAGUCGACUUUAGGAGUUAGAGGGAAGGCCAGGCUGCGUUAGAGUAUGGAUUUAGCAUUGGGAAAAGCCCGUAUUCUUGAAUCUAGAGUUACUAUUUUUGUAUAUAUUUGCAUAGUGUUCAAACUUGCAGCUGAAACUACUGAAAUUUGUGAUUGUAUGUUUGUGUGAACUUCACUUUAAUGAAAGAUUCUUAAUGGUUCUUUGCAUUACUAUACUUGGUGUUGGGGUUAUUUUCUUUUGUAACUUUGUUUUGAUUUGUGGGGAUGAGUCAGCAUGUACAAGAUAUGUUUUUCUUAAAAUUACCAUUCUAGAAAAUAUCAAAGGUGUGGCAUUCCAGCUCCCUCGUACCAACAAUUGGAAAACUUAAGUUCUGAGUGUUCGUGUUACUUUACCGGUUUUGCAUUGGAACUCAGAGCACAUGCUGUGGCUGGCAGUAAAAUCCAAGUUUGCCAUGCUUAUCGUCUGUAUAUAACAUGUCGGCUAAACAGUUACUGCACUGGUACCAUGACUGAGGUGGUACCAAGUACGUGAUUAAGCCAAAAUCACUUUAUCAUUUUGUGCCAAGAUACACUGUUGGUGCCUGGGGCAGAAUAGUCUGUGUUUGAUGCCUGCUCUUACACCACUGGACAAGUGAUGUCUGAGAAGUGUGUGCCAUGUUGAGCCUGACUGUUACCCAGUAACUUGUAGACUAGUCAUGUGCAGAUAUCUCUGUUCAUACCUCAUGCCAUUCGCUCCUCACUUCUGCAAGGAACCUGUGUCUGAACCGUGUGCAGCUAGCUUUACUUUACCUGCGUGGCAGUCAGGAGAGCCCUUGGGGAAAAGAGACAACAAACUGUCAGAGCCAAACCCCGUCCAUUCCAUUUUAAAUGUUUUCAUUCAAUCCUUUCCCCAGUUCUUUUCCGCUUUCUCUGUGAAUUAAAGACAAAAACAAGAGUCUGAGAGCAGCGCGUGCAUGCAGUGUUAGCGGACACUCGUCAGUACUCAUUAUGUUCUAAGCGAGGGUGCCUCGGUGUGUUUCUCCUGUAAUUUAUCCUUUUCUGAGCCCCCGCUCCCCUGAAGUAGUGGUCUGUCCACGUUUUCAGCCCUGGGCAGAGCUAGGACGGUCCUGGCCUCAUUGCUUGGCCGUUUGAGCAGCCUGCUGAAAGGUGCUGGCCUACUGAGAACUGCCAACUUCAAGUGACUUACAUAUUUUGCUUUCAAAACCAAGAUACGUUUGUGGUUCAUUUUUGAGCUUUACACCCCAGAAGGAUUGUGCAUCCCAGCAGUAAAUCUGCUUCAUUUAAAACAACGGCUAGAAUAGUCCAUUUUGAAAUGCCUGAUUUAAAGCCGAUCAGUUAUGCUUACAGUAUAGAAAGUUUGUCUUUCUUUGCUAGAUCUUCUUAACCGUUUAGGAGAGCUUUAACAGUUGCUGCUAGUAUUUUGCUAGGGUUCCACCAGUAUUUAGUUUUUGCACCCUUCUAAUCUAUACUCUCAGGUCUCACUAGACAAUCCUAAUUCCACUACAUUUCUGUCUGGCUCCAACAUUCCACUUGGCUUGAGCAGUCUGGUUCUACCAUGCGCUUGUUGGAGGUCCCCAAUGUUACCUGUCCAGUGCUGUCACCGUGUGACACCCAUAUGGACUUGGCGCUGUCACAUUGCAUUCAGUCAGCUGUGGUUCUGCUUAGAAACACUACAGUUACCGAUGCAGUGUGAACCCUUCCAUGACCAGGGAGUCGGCGGCUCAGAUGUGAUUAUGGUCCCGCAAGGUGAUACUUGCUAAAAUAUCUAAACAUUUUGUUGUUGUUGUUGUAACUGAAUCAUUUUUUUUAAAUUUUUAAAGCUGGAAGUGAUCAAAUGCUGGUUUUUUUUUUUUUUCAUUGUCAACAGUGGUGUGUCAUUUUAUAUAUGUUCCUAAUGCUUACGGAACUCUCCCAAAAUAAAGUUCUUCAGAAAGAGAAGCAAAGCGCA